GUGCAGCAGAACACGCUCUGCUUCCCUCUGGGAGUCCAAAAUAGAAAAUAUAGAAGUGGUUGUGGAAUUUCCACACAGACAAGACUGCAACGAGAAAUACAGGCAGGGCUGAGCCGCCGCUGCAACAACACGCCCUCUUCACUUGCGCAAGCCCUCAGAGGAGAGGGCCUGCUUGAGGACGGAGGGCUCUCCUUAAAGCAGGUCUGCUGGCCAUGGGCAACCUGAUAAAGGUAUUGGGCAAAGAUUUAGAAAACUGUCCUCAUUUUUUCCUGGAUUUUGAAAGUAGCACAUGGGGAACCUUCUUAAAGUGUUGACUUAUAACGAGCUUGACCAAGGCCCUAAUUUUUUCCUUGACUUUGAACACGCGCAGCCCACAGAAGCCGAAACAGCUGUGUGGAACCAGGUGAAUGCUGUCCUGGAGGAGGCGCAGACCAUCCUGGCGGAAUUGCAGUCUUACACUGGAGCCGGACAGGAGAUUAGAGAGGCAAUCCAAAACCCCAGCGACUUGCAGCUUCAAGAGAAGGCAUGGAAUGCUGUGUGUCCCCUUGUGGCUAAGCUGAAGCGUUUUUAUGAGUUCUCUCUUAGACUUGAGAAUGCCUUGCGGAGCUUGUUGGAAGCGCUCACCAGCCCGCCUUAUGCCCCCACUCAGCACCUGGAGAGAGAACAAGCGCUCGCCAAGCAGUUUGCGGAAAUCUUACACUUCACCCUCAGUUUCGAUGAGCUCAAGAUGACCAACCCUGCCAUCCAGAAUGAUUUUAGCUACUACAGAAGAACCAUCAGUCGAAACCGAAUCAACAACUUGCAGUUAGAUGCUGAGAGUGAGGUGAACAAUGAAAUGGCCAAUCGGAUGUCCCUGUUCUACGCAGAGGCCACCCCAAUGCUGAAAACUCUAAGCAAUGCCACAACCAAAUUUGUUUCAGAGAACAAAACUCUCCCAAUAGAGGACACGACUGACUGUUUAAGCACCAUGGCCUGCGUCUGCAGGGUAAUGCUGGAAACACCGGAGUAUCGGAGCCGCUUCACCAACACCGAAACUCUCCUUUUCUGCAUGCGAGUGAUGGUGGGGGUCAUCAUCCUCUAUGACCACGUCCACCCUGUAGGGGCUUUCGCCAAGACCUCCAAAAUAGACAUGAAAGGAUGCAUCAAAGUCUUGAAGGACCAGCCUUCCAACAGCACAGAAGGCCUUCUGAAUGCACUGAGGUAUACUACCCGGCACCUCAACGACGACACCACAUCCAAGCAGAUCCGGGCCUUGCUGCAAUGAACGCUUCCUGUAGUCGAGGGGCAGGAGGCAGCUUUUGCCAGAGACCCAGAAGAGAAUUACUCCAUGGAACCUUCAGCAGAAAUUUUAAUGUUGACAUAUUGCUAUAAAUAACCAUUGGCCAUCAUAUUUGUCAUUUUGUAGAAGAAGAAGAAUGGGGGAGAUUUUAAAUAUAUAUAUAUAUAUAUAUAUAUAUAUAUAUAUAAAAACAAAUAAAUAUAUAUAUAUAUAUAUACACACACACACACACAUAUAUAUAUAUAUAUAUAACUAUGACAGGUACUCCAGCCAGCUCAGUGCCAACCUGCCCCAUCUCCCAAGAUAUGCCAUGUUCAACUCUGGCAGAAGUGCAACUCUACCAGAGAAGCACAUGGUCGCCAUGGCUUUUCCUCCUCAGCGUUCCAGUUCCAGGCCCAUCCACACUGAUGUGACGUGUCUCGUUUUCAGCCCUGACAAGCUGCCAGAGUCUGACCAAGCUUCAGGAGGGAAUAAGGGCAGGGUUUUGCCCAAGCUGGGAAGAGGGUGAACUUUUUGUUCAGAAGGUUGAACCACCAUCUUGGAAUCAGGUGGAACGUCUGCUCCUAAACUCUCCAGAGAUGGGUUACCUGAAGUAGCCCAGACUCCAGACAAAGGGGGGACAAAUGAGAAAGAUGGAGUGAUGCUCUCCUGUCUAAGAUGUAAAUAAUGUGUCUGGGAAAUGACUGUUGAUCAGGAAUGAUUAGGAUGGUUGAUGGAGGACGAUGAUGAUGGUGGACAUCAUCAGUAAAAUCUUCAACACUGAUUCCAUUCAAAAUGGCUCAGUCACACCUUUUAGAUUUUUAAUAUAAACAAUUAAAAUCCACUCACCUGUUA